UUUACAUUUUCGGCUCUUUUUAAGGCUUCCAGUACGGUUGUUGAUGUGAAUUUGGGCUGGCAAAUUCAAGUUCAGGCGAUCUUGUUUGGUGGGUUUGAUCAUGAUUUAUUUGUAAAAAUAGCUUGAUUGGAGUGUGUGUCAAAUUAGGAUUUUAAGAGUGUGGGAGGAAGGUGUUUGAUGAAUUGCCUGAGAGAGAUUUGAGUUAUUGGACAUAGUUAAUUGUAGCAUAUGCAAAAAUUGGGAAUAUGGAAUCUGUAGGAGAAUCGUUUGGUCAGUUGCCUUUGAAGGAUAUGGUGGGAUGGACAGCGAUGGUUACCGGAUAUGCUUAGAAUGCUAAACCUAGAGAGGCAUAGGCAUUGGAGCUGUUUGAGAGAAUGCAAAAUUAAAAUAGAUGAGGUUACUUUUGUUGAGAGUCAUUUCUGCUUUUGCGCAACUAGGUGCUGCAAAGAACUUCAACUGGAUUCAGUAUAUUUUUGAGAGUUUGCGGAUUAAUCCUGCUCGUUGUGUUGUGGUGGGAUCGGCUUUGAUUGAUAUGUAGUCGAAGUGCGGAAGUGUUGAUGAUGCAUAUAAGGUUUUUGCGGAAAUGGAGGAAAAGAAUGUGUUUUCAUAUAGUUCGAUUAUUGCAGGGUUUGCUAUGCAUGGUUGUGCUUAUGCGGCAUUGCAAUUGUCUCAUGAAAUGGUGAAUAUAGGGAUCAAACCUAAUAAAGUUACAUUUAUUGCAGUACUUUCAGCAUCUAGCCAUUCAAAAAUGAUGGAUCAAGGUCGUCAAAUAUUUGCAACCAUGGAGGAGAAAUUUGGGAUCUCUCCAGUUGAUCAUUAUUCAUGCAUGGUGGAUCUUCUUGGUCGAGCUGGACUCCUGGAAGAUGCACUUAAACUUGUAGAAACAAUGCCAAUUGAUCCUAAUGGAGGUGUUUGGGGGCGCUGCUUGGAUCAUGCAGCACUUAUGAUGGGAAUGAUGAAGAAAUAAACUUCUUGUCAUUGAGUUCUUUGCCUGGGA